AUGCCGCCUACUCAGCUCCCCGCCUCCGGAAAUCCUCUGGUCUUCUUUGAUAUCACCCUUGGUGUUCUGCACCGGCGAGCACCGCCUCCACAACCGACCGCAGGGCUACAAGGGCUCCAAGUUCCACCGCAUCAUCCCGGGCUUCAUGUGCCAGGGCGGCGACUUUCUCACGGCGACGGCACGGGCUCGACCUGCAUCUACGGCACCUCGUCCUUCGCCGACGAGAACUUCUCCAUCAAGCACGACGUGCCCGGCCUGCUGAGCAUGGCCAACGCCGGCAAGGACACCAAUGGCAGCCAGUUCUUCAUCACGACGGUGCCGACGCCGUUUCUCGACGGUAAGCAUACCGUCUUUGGCAAGGUCGUCGACGGCAUGGACGUCGUCAAGAAGAUGGAGGCCACGAAGACGGGGUACCGCGGGAAGGACGUGCCGAAUAUGGAUGUCGUUGUCGCCCAGUGCGGUGAGAUGUAG